CCUGCAGCAGCGGAGCUGCUGUAUGACGAUACGAGCGAAUGUAUUUGUGCACCGUUGUCAAAAAAAUAGAGGAACUCAAGUAGUUUUCCGUGCAUCUCAGCAAAAAUAGACCAAACUGUAUUUCUAGGCUCGUUGCUUACGUUAAAAGCAAGUGGACUAAAUUACUCUUCAUUUGUUUAUUUUGUGGUUCACCCACGCGACAUAGGACGCUGUUGCUAGAGCGUCCAGCGCCGCCGGUAUUGUGACUCUGUACGCGUCGCGUUGUGGCAUGUUUGUCGGCCAGAGCAGACGGAACUGAAGUCCUCAUUGCUCCUGAACAGGAUUCAAUGAAAAUGUCUGUCUGCGUCCACGAGAACCGCAAGUCUCGUGCCAGCACGGGCUCUAUGAACAUCUACCUGUUCCACAAGUCUUCAUAUGCCGACAGCGUGCUAAUGCACCUGAAUGCUCUUCGUCAGCAGAGACUCUUCACCGAUGUUCUGCUCCACGCAGGAAAUCGCUCUUUUCCGUGCCACAGGGCUGUGCUGGCCGCUUGCAGCCGCUACUUCGAAGCAAUGUUCAGCGGAGGGUUGAGAGAGAGUCAGGACAGUGAAGUGGAUUUCAGGGACUCUAUUCAUCCAGAGGUUUUGGAGCUCCUUCUGGACUAUGCCUACUCAUCAAGAGUGAUAAUAAAUGAGGAGAAUGCGGAGUCUCUCCUUGAGGCCGGUGACAUGCUGGAGUUCCAGGACAUCCGUGAUGCCUGUGCCGAGUUCCUGGAGAAGAACCUUCACCCAUCCAACUGCCUGGGCAUGCUGCUGCUCUCGGACGCUCACCAGUGCACCCAGCUGUUCCAGCUGUCCUGGAGCAUGUGCCUCAGUAACUUCCCUGCUAUCUGCAAGACUGAAGAGUUUCUCCAGCUGCCCAAGGACAUGCUGGUCCAACUGCUGGCGCAUGAAGAGCUCGAAACCGAGGACGAGCGUCUCGUCUACGAGUCGGCGCUCAACUGGGUAAACUACGACCUUGAGAGACGGCACUGUCACCUUCCAGAGCUGCUCCGUACUGUGCGUCUGGCUCUCCUGCCUGCCAUCUUCCUCAUGGAGAACGUCUCUACGGAAGAGCUCAUCAUCGCACAGGCAAAAAGCAAAGAGCUGGUGGACGAGGCAAUUCGCUGCAAACUGCGCAUCUUGCAAAACGACGGCGUCGUUAAUAGUCCUUGCGCCCGGCCACGAAAAACCAGUCAUGCUCUUUUCCUUCUGGGCGGCCCCACGUUUAUGUGCGACAAGCUUUACCUGGUUGACCAGAAGGCUAAAGAAAUCAUUCCAAAGGCGGACAUCCCCAGUCCACGCAAAGAGUUCAGCGCCUGCGCCAUUGGCUGCAAAGUGUACGUGACUGGUGGCCGGGGUUCAGAGAACGGUGUGUCUAAAGACGUUUGGGUGUAUGACACAUUACAUGAAGAAUGGUCCAAAGCGGCUCCGAUGCUGAUAGCACGUUUCGGUCACGGAUCUGCUGAGUUACGCCACUGCCUGUAUGUCGUCGGAGGUCACACAGCUGCCACUGGCUGUCUGCCUGCAUCACCAUCUGUGUCCUUGAAGCAGGUAGAGCAGUUUGACCCAGUUGCUAACAAGUGGAGCAUGGUGGCUCCACUGCGAGAAGGAGUCAGCAAUGCUGCUGUCGUCAGCGUAAAGCUAAAGUUAUUCGCCUUCGGUGGGACAAGCGUGGCCCACGACAAGCUACCCAAAGUUCAGUGCUACGAUCCCUCGGAAAAUCGCUGGACGGUUCCGGCUUCCUGUCCACAGCCGUGGCGCUACACCGCAGCUGCUGUUCUCGGCAACCAGAUCUUUGUAAUGGGGGGCGACACCGAAUUCUCCGCUUGCUCUGCCUACAAAUUUAGCAGUGAGACUUAUCAAUGGACUAAAGUUGGAGAUGUUACGGCGAAGCGAAUGAGCUGCCAAGCGGUGGCUUCGGGAAACAAACUUUAUGUGGUGGGCGGCUACUUUGGUACACAGCGCUGCAAAACCCUGGACUGUUACGAUCCCACGCUGGAUGCGUGGAACAGCAUCACUACCGUACCAUAUUCCUUAAUCCCUACCGCCUUCGUCAGCACCUGGAAACACCUCCCAGCCUGAAGCACGCCUGUUCUCCCCUGUGUGACCCUACUGUUCCUACAAGAGUUCUUUGUGUCCAUUUGUCGAUAUUGUCUACUGGAUUCCAACUGUGAAGAAAUGCUAUAACCUUCCUGUGCAAUUCUAUGAAGACACUUUCUCCCAUAAGAGCUAAAUAUUGUGUGCAAAGUCCAGUCACAAAGCUGUUUUCUGCUGUGAGUUUUGACUUCCUGCUUGGAAGUUUCAUGUACAUUGCGAUGUCCUACAUUUUGUGGAGUAUCAGAACGUGCGCUUCACAGUGAAAACCAAAAGAACUGCGAAGCACCCUGAAAGUCCAGUCUGCUUCCAUCAUAACCAGCAUAAUCAUCACUUUCGUCUGUGUACUCUGACCGUUUUUGUACAAUGCUGAUGCCGUGCAAGCUAAAAUAGACCCGUAUGCCUGUCUUAAUUUGUAUACUGCAUGAAGGAUGAGUGGACACUUUUGAUUGGGAGAUCAACAGGAGUCUCUACGCAUGAUUGGAGAUGUGAAGAUACUCCAGGAAAAGUACCUCAUGUCCUGAUAUGUAUCUACCUUUUCUUCUCCCAUAUUGAUGUUAAAAAAUAGAACUUGCUCUGAAGACAAAAGGCUAAGGCAGACUCAUGGACUGAUAUACAUCAUAUUUUGCUGGUGGAAAAAAAAAAAAGGACAGAAGGAAACAUGAGCAAGCCUUUUUUUUUUUUUUUUUUUUUUUAAAAAGUAUUAAAAAGUAUUUGUCCUUCACACGUCUGUACGAGGAGGACAGACUGAUGCUGAACGGUUCCUGUUGAACAGACCUUAGCAGCUUGGUGUGAAAAUGGACACGGGCACAGUGUGUCCCAAGGUACACGCGCCAGCUGUGCGUUUGCGACUAAGUGAGUGCGGGAGAGGCAUGUCCCAGCAUGUUCGACUGAACGAGAGUCCAUCUGACCCCCACUCAACACCCGAUCAUUCUCCCACCCCCUUUAAAAUAAACAACCGACAAACAGCGUGAGCAUGCCCUUUGUGGAAACAACAACAACAAAUACUAUCCUUCCAGCUUCUGAUGACUGACCGACUAGAGUUCUACGUUUCUCCCGCACAGAACUUCAAUUGUGCGCGACACUUCUGCCAUUUUUGCUUGUACUAUUCUAAGCACAUACAGUCACGGUAAACGUGAACGACAGAAGGAGAGAGAAAAGAGGUGAGAGUCGUUUCGUCACCCUAUGAGGGAAUGCAGUCUCUAUGGCAACAACAACGAAACUGUAAAUUUAAAAAAAAAAAAAAAAAAAAAAAAAAAAAAAAAAAACCCGGACAAGAAAAAAAGUGCAAGAAACUGGUUGUCUGGCUUCACAUAUUUCAGUGUCUAUUAAUAGUCUUAAUUUAUGAUUUUUUUAAAGCUGUUUUUGUUUUGUUUGAUCCAUUGUGUAUUAACAAUAUUUCUUUAUUUAUUGUUAAGUUUUCUGCUUGCGUACAUGUUUGGAUGUAUCGAAGUUGACAGGUUUUUGUACCGCGCAUGGCCCAAAACGCUCUGUGUUCCUGCUGCUCUUUUGCACAUUUACAUAAGGUAAUUUUGACUGAGCAGGUGGAAUUUGUAGUGGUCAGCGAACUCUUGAGCCUUUUGCUCAUCUGAUCAAAAACAGGGAGGAUUGGGGGUUAAAGGUCAUUGACGGGAUAAGAAUGGGCCAAAUGACGUCACAGGCUCAGAUUACCCAGGGUGGGAGGGUCAGCAGAUGGGGGAGUUGGGAAGUGGUUUUGAGAGUUUGGGGGACAGCAAGAAAAAUUCUUUAAGAUUGAGGGAUGGUUUACCCCAAAAUGAAUAUUGUCAUUUUUGUACUUGCUCUCAGAAUGGUCAUUUUUGGGCGAAAUCUCUCUUUAAUAAACGUUACCCAAUUGAUUCAGGUUCUAAAAAUCUGAUGUGAUUCAACCACAGAUCAGUUCAUGUGGUUGUGAUGGUGCUCUGACCUGCAUCAACUGUUUAUAAUCUUACACAAUAUAGAUUGACCUCAAACCUCCAUUUACAAAGCAUUAAGUUUCACUCGAACAUUAGCGUAGUUUAGCAAGUGCUUUCGACCAGUGUCGAGUGACCCCAUGCCCAACUCGGACCAGUAUUCAACCUGUGUCCAUCACUUUGUCAAUACUGAAACUCACACUGACCCAGGGUUUCUUUGGGUUAUAAGGGUCCUGUAGAGCUAUCUGAGGAAUGUGACAUCCACAGUUGUUCUUAGAACAGCUGGAACUGUCACCAGCAAGUUGUAAUUUUGACUGACCCUUACAGUUCAGCGGUGCUGUUAACAUUAUUGGAUUAGGAAUAUGUCACAGACACUUUGCUGGAUGCACUCUUAAAAAUACAGGUUCCAAAAAUAAUUUUUUCGCAGUGAUGAUUUAGAACCGGGUUCCUCAAAACUCAGCCCAGUGCACUGAGUUUAGCUCCAACCCAUGAUCAAACUCGCCUACCAGUAAUUUUUUCUAAUGAUCCCGAAGACAUUGCUUAGCGUGCACAGGUGUGUUUGAUUAGGUUUAGAGCUAAACUCUGCAGGAAAGUGGGUUUCGUGGCCCAGAUUUGAGGGUCUCUGCUAUAGAAAAACCAUUUUCAGUGAAUAUUGUCCUCCAAAAAUCUUGUUUUUUAUACUCUCUAUACUAGGUUGCACCCCAUCUAGACAUGGUAUUAAGGUCCUUGCACACCGAAAUUCUCACGUUAAAAAAAUACAUACGACCUCACGUUGUGGAUCGGGUUCUAUUUUCUGCGUUUUUCGCAUUUGUAACAAGCAUUUUGAGAAGUUCUUUUACAAUUCAGAGCCACCGUACAAGUGAACGCCAAAAUCCAGAAUCACAGAAAUCGGUGGUCUUCUUUUUAAAAUGUGGCUCCUGUAUCACUAGCAAAGCAUCAAACUGAGCCACUGACAUCCUGAAGUAAACUUUGAGUCACUUGGGAUAAUCCCACAACUCCUUAAGGAGCAAUUUUAGGAUUGGAUGGACCCAAUAUUUCUCUUUUUUUUUUUAUCUUUUAAAGAGGAGACGGGACAACAAAAUCAUCCUCAAUGCUUGAGGACUCCCAUUUUGUUUGUUUUGUGAGUUUGUUUCGCGAUGGAUUAAUUAAUACACGUCGGACUUGGUGUGAAUUUUUAAGAUGCCGAAUAUGAAAAAACGCAUUCGAAAAUUUCUGACUGCAAGGACCUUGAGUAUGAAGGGCAUUUUAUUAAUCCAAAGAACCUUUUUCCACUAAAAGGAGACCUAGUUAUCAAUAAAUAGCCUUUAUUUUUAAGAGUGGAUGUGCUACAGCAUGUGACUUAAAAUGACGAUUUUAUAAGGCAGAUAAAAUGAUGACGACUACAAUGGUGUUUAUGAUGAUAAAGCUAAAUCCCAAAGGUCUCGAAAUAACUAACAGCGAUGUCUACAUAAGGGCAAGGACCAUAGUGCUUUCAUGUCAAUGCCAAAUGCACUGCCUGUAGAGAUGAUCUGUCUGUUUGAAUAUUCACUGCAGAGUGACAGUGACAAGCGUUUUCGGCUAGGUUGAGUAACACCACAGGCAGUUUGCUAUACUAUAGCUGUUGUGACGAAUGAUUUAGCUUUAUAUUAAUAGAAUAUAGUGUUCUAUGUUGUUAAAUUGCACAGCGACUGCAAAGUUGAAGGAAAAGCCCUGAGAGAGGAAAAUCCGUAGCAAGCGUUCCUCCCACACAAACCCUCUUAUCCCCUCCAGGAAAUUCUUGCUUACAAUGUUCCGAUUAGCCUUUAGGGUCUCGCACCCCCUCCUCCAUCUUUGACCCCCUCCCUCCCCCUUCCAGAAUACCUUUUCACAAAACACUGCACGCUCUGACCUCCGGCCAAUCAAAAGACCCCGUUCUGCCCCCACUCGCAUAGCACAGUUGCCACAGCGAUGGUCAACAAUCAUGGCUCCCCACUCCAUUUGAACUAGUAAUAGUCAAGUGUUUUGUUUUUUCCCUCUUACUCCUUUGCCCUCCCUCUCUCCUCCCGCUGAAGUGAAAGAUUGAUUCGGAGGUGACUCAUAAGCCUGUGUGCAUUGAGAACUCUUAAACGCUGUAUGCCUUCACAAACAGACGCAUUGCUAAAACACUGUCAAUGUUGGGCUGUACUGUUGUGUUUUUGUGGGUGUCAUUUUUCUUUUCAUUUCUAUAUUUGUCGUAUUAUAUAAUUGUAUUGUUAUUUUAUCUCAACCACUGCGGUUAACAUUAUUUUGUACAAGUGAUUUUUUCACAAUGUGAAAUUCAUGGCUAAAUAAAGAUAAGAGUUUUUCCUC